UGUACGACCGAUGACGUCAGUAUAUGCGGUUAUAAUCAGCCGCCUCCCUAUAUUGGCCGACAGUAUAAAAGGAGUCCGUGCACAUGGCAAUACUUGGGUUUUGACACUGAAAACUCCACGAGUAAUCUUUUGUACUCGGUUAACAAUCUGUCAUCCCGCAUUUCAGUUACAGAUCCUACGUCAUUGAGUUAUCCUACCGGAGAAGUUACGCCAAGUUUUUCAUUCAAUUCUCUGCACAACAUAAUUCGAGGCCAUGUCUCUGUCCCAAACUACUGUGGUGAGUAUCUGUCGGCGAACAAUUAUUAUAAAACCGUUUAACAUCGGGUCGACAACAACAUGUACAUUUUAAAUUCAAUCGUUUCCAGGAAUACUAUAAAAGUAUGCUACAUAGAUACCUCGUUUCAAACAAUUUUCUUUUUCCAACUGGUUUCGUUUUUUGGAACUUCCGUCUGAAGGUUAUUUUCUAGGUCAAUAGAAUUAUUAAAAUGAAUCAUUGUUAACGUAAACCGAACCAAAAUCUUUUGAUUAGGUAGUCUGCUGCCUGCCCAUGCCUUGCAUUAUUAUUGAGUUAAGUUUAUUUGUUAAUCGAAUAACGUCUACCUACUUUUGGUUAGUUGAGAUACAAUGUUGAGAGUACCUGCUUCAUUAUUAUGAUAAAUUAUCGACGUGAAUAUCCUACAAUUUCAGUAAUAAAAACUACUAAUUAUUAUCAUUUAUUUGUACAUGAUCAUUGUGAAUAUCACAUUCAGAAUUACAGAUAAUAGAGCAAUAGGUUUUAUUGAGAACUAGAUAAACAAAACACCUAACUAGGUACAUACAAUAAAAACAAUAAUAUUUAAAAUUCUUGCUAAUCUUAAAUCAAACUUCAGAAAUUAAGUAAAUUUAAAAUGAUAAAGGAAGUGUUUGUAUAUUUGUGAUGUACGGCCAAAUCUGAAAUAUUUCGAAAUCUUUAAUUUUAGAUUCCGAGUGUAGCGAAGAAUGUAUUGGUUUUAUAAAGAUGUUUAAUUUUUUUUCUUCUUUUAUUUUACUGUGUACAAAAGUUUCUUUCAGAAAUCUUGCUUUGAUGUACACUAUGUAGACUUUUAUGUGAAAUACAAUUUUUUUGGAGAGGUACUUUAGGGAGGUUAUUUUUUGAUUUUUUUGGAGUUUUCUCAUCAAAUUUGAAAAAUGAAAACAGAGGAGGAAAAACGGGAAAAAUGUACGAAAUAUAUUAGUAAAAUAUCACGAUUUUUAUUUUCUAUGGACAAUUUCUACCAGCGAUUUUACUCCGAUUUACAAUGAUAGCACUUUUUCUAAAAGAAAAUCGACUGAGGAGGUACUUUAUAAAGAGGUCUUUUUUUGAUUUUCCCAAUAGUAGUGAAUAGUGAAAAACAAGAAAAAACAUGGGAAAACCUAGAAAACCAGGAAUAACAAAAAAAAAACAGUACAAUAUUAAUCAAAUAUUCAAAUAAAACACAUAAUGUAUAUUUAAUUAUUUUACCAUAAUACGAUAUAUAUAUUGUUGACAAUGCAUCAAUAUCAAUAGAACUGCGCUCAGAAUCAUUUUUUCAUUAGCAAUGGUUUAUCAUUGCCUACAGCUAUACAUUAAAUUCUCGUCUGUAUCUUACCUUCCCAACUUCUCACAUACAAUUGUGGUUGCAUUAUCCUAAGACAGCUUUUUGAUUUUGGCAUGCAUAUUGAUGAAUAGUUUUUUUUUGGUCUAUUAUAAGUUAUGUAGGUCUUUAGGCACAGUUACCGCAUCUUCUUAUCAUUCUUUGUUUUUUGCCAUCUAUUCUAGAUUCUCUAUUUCUAGUUGUUUCGAUGGAUUUUUUUAUCUGGUAUCCGCAGAGAUAUUUUAUUUAUCAUUUUGUCUUAUGUGUACCGAACAUAUUCUGCCCAUACAAUCCUUUUGUUUUACAUUAUCUUUAAUAAUUUGUAUAAAUUUUAAACUUAGACUUAGAAGUGUGAAAGUUUAUUAUUAUGCAAUUAGGUACUUAGUUUCAUUAUUAUUCUAUUACUUAGUUCUAUUUACAUUAUUAUUACUUUGUCCAGUUGAUUGUGUCUCUAUAGAUAAUCAUGAUUUAAGUUUUAUAGUUAAAAAAAAAAAAUAACAAAUCAAUUAUAAAAAUAAAAUUGUUCUAGUGUAGUAAUGAAAUACAGUUAUUAAUAUUAUAUAGGUGAACAGAAUUUUGAUGUUAUAACAAUUUUCUUCUGUAAAUAUUCAAAAUAGAGAAAAAUGUUUAAUACUAAAGUUUCUUUAUUUGUAAACAUUUAUAAUAAUUUGUAAAUUUUUUUUAUUUUUCUGAAUUUUUUGGGGAGUUUUUGGUGUUAACUUUUGAAAUUCAAAUGGGAACCUAUAUAAAAAAAUCCAUAAAUAAAUGUAUUAAUAUUUUAAAUAAAUUUUGGUAUUGAAAUUUUUGAUUUCCAUCAACCCGUUGAUGAGAUAUUCAACUUUUUAAUUUGGGCAAAGGGAAAGUGGUUGCUUGUGUAGUAGCAUAGCAUGACGCGUGGCGUUUGAAUAGUGUUCCACUACUCUCCCCAUGCCUAAACUAAAAAGUUAAAUAUCUUGUUAAUUGGUUGACGGAAAUAAAAAAUGUCAACACCAAAAUUUAUUUAUAAUGUUACUUCAUUUAUAUAGGGACUUUUUAAUAUAGAUUCCCAUUUGGAUUUAAAAAGUUAACAUCCAAAACCCUACCAAAAAAUUCAGUAAAAUAAAAAAAAAUUACAAAUUAUUUUGGGCAUUUAUAAAUAAAGAAGCUUUUGUAUUAAAUAUUUUUCUCUAUUUUGAAUAUUUACAGGAAAAAAUUACUGUAUUAUCAAAUACUGAUCACUCUGUUUACUCUGAUUGCCACGAGCAAUGCUAUGCAGGAUUGUGCUGGUAGGUAUAUAUAUAUUUAUAAAAAAAAUAAAUUUGUACUUUCAUAAAAAUAUUAAUGUAUUACAAUUUAUUAAAAACAUUGAUUCACUGUAUAGAUAUUUUACAUUUAAGAAUCUAUUCUUAUUCAUUAGUUAUUCAGUCUAUUUUUAAAUAGGUUAACAUUUAUUCUGAUAUAUUUGAUUAUUUUAGAAUAUUCAAAUAGAUUAUUGAUUUUUGUUACCUACAUUUAUGUAUACUACAUACAUUUAUUCCCUUAUCUACUUAAUAUUUUAAUUUCAUUUCUAAGGUAAUGUCUAUUUAUACAUCUUGUAUUUAACAAUGUAUAAUGUAUCUUAUCUAAUGAAGCUUAAAAUGCAAAUUUAAUAUUUUUCUAACAUACAAAAAUUAAGGGAAAUAAUAUUUAAAGGUAUUGUUAUAACGAUUCAUUAUUGUACAAUUAACUACUGAAUAGAUAUUAGCAAUAUAAUCAUGAUAUAUUAAUGUGUAGGUAAUGUUGUGAUAGUAUUAUUUUUUGCGUGAAUGUAGUUUUCUACAUAUUUGUUCACGUAAAAGUAGUUAUUAUAAAUGCCAACUAGGCACUAGUGUACAAGUAAAAACCUGCCAAUGGGUCUAAAUGUAUAUAUAUAUAUAAAUACAUUGUUUUUUUUUUCUGUAAGUGAAAUGAUAUUUUUUGUUAUAUAGACUGUUGCUUUUAUAAUUUAAAAAUUUAAAAUUAUAGGUAUCCUUGUUUAUGAAUUGGCAUAAUUAGUGUACAAAUUCACAGUACUUAAUAUGUUCCCCGUAUUAAUACUCAACUAUGAAAAAAAAAAAAAACUCAAAUUUUAGAAUACAAUUUAUUUUCUCUAUUGUGUAACUAAUAAGUAGGUAGGUUUCUACCUAACUUUAGAAUAUUUUUUAGUUACAUAAUAUUUGUAUAUUUAUUAUGUAUAGCAAUAUAGCAAUAGCUAUUAUAUUGAAGUACCUAAGUACCUAUGUCAAUCAAUAGUAUUCUGAGUAUUAUAAUAUAGGAAGAUACUUAAAAAUUUUCAAAAAUAACUUGUUAUUCUGAUAUAGUUACAUGUUUGUAUUAAUAAAACAUUUUAAACAAUUAUUUCAGAUGAAAUUAUACCAAACAGUUAUUGAAGAUACUAUAAAUAGCUCUCGAGAAUUUUUUGCAGAAGAAGGUAUUGAUGAUCAAAUUUUGUUGGAGUUACGCCAAUCAUGGGAAUCUAAAGUGAUGGCCAGUAAAGCAGUUGAUGCUCCACCCCCUCAAGAACUUACUCAACUUCCAAAAACUGUUCCGGUUACUAACGUUAAGCAAAAAAACCAAUAUACUCCUUCAAUAGUUAGUAAGUGUUCCAUCAUACCAUACAGAAAUAAGUUAUUAACAGAGAGUAAUAAGUAACUAUAUUAGGAGGUAUUCAAAUAAUUGCAUUACAUUUCUAGUUAAAAUUAUAUAAAAUAACUAGUAUUUCAAAAGGCAAUCAGUUUCAUAAAAAUCUAGUUGGUAUUUUAUACAUUGGUUUGAACUAUUAAAAUUGUUGUAAUUUUAAUGUUUUGGAAAAAUCCUGAUACUUUAUUUAUUUUAUAGAAAUUAAAACUACUAUAAUUAACAAACUAUUAAUCGGAUAUGAAUGUAUGAUACAUUAUAAUUUUUAGAAUAAUAUUUUUUACAAUAUUUUUUGAAAAUUUUAUAAAUUGAAUAAAUAAAGUUAUUUUUUUUUGUAUUUAAAAAAUUAAAAUAAAAAAUUAAUUUUUCUCCAAAUCGAUAUCCUCCUCGAAGAUAAACCGAUUGAAAAAAAAUUAAUAUUAAUAGCGCUAGAAAACUGUCGAACAUGGUGAGACACACUGUAUAAUAUAUUAUAGGUCAUUUUUUUGAAUGUGUCUAUAAAAUAUUGUUAAAAAUCUUAUAGUAUUGUUAUUACAAUUAGUUCAAAUUAUGAAGAUGAUUAGUAUGUAAGAGAACAUUUUAAUAUACCAGUUAAGAUUUUUGUAAAAUAUGUUAUUAUCAUUUAUUAUCAUUUAUCUGAAAAGUUGGUAGGAAAUCCAAACUUAUCUAUAAAAUAUAGAAUAUUGAAAUUUGCUAAAAUAUUUUACGAUGUAAGGUUUUUUUUUUUUAUGAAAAUUUAAAUGUAUUAAUUUAAUACAUAAUUACAAACUAUUUUGCAUAUAUUCAUUAAAAACUAAUUUUGGUCAACUUCAACAAAUUCAUUUGUACAUUUUUAAAAAUUUAUAUUUAAUACAUUUAAAAAUGUACAUUUUUCAAUACAAAUAAUUUAGUAAUUAUUAUUAAUAUUAGGGUACAUUUUAGACUGUAUAUAAAGUAAAAAUAUUUAAUUCAAAUCAGUUUAUUAUUGUUUUAUUAUGUAAGAUAUACUGUUUGAAAAAUAUAUUAUUUAUGUUCUCAUCUUUAAAACUAUUUUGAUGAAAAUUGAUGAAGAUAUUUUUUAAACUUGUUUCCCAAAGGUAAAUUUUUAUUUGUAAUUUACUAAUAAUUCAUUAUUUGAAGUCCUUCAAUGAAAAUAUAGUGUGCAUAAUAAUAUAAUAAAUACUUUGAUUAAACAAGUCAUAUAAUAUAACUAAUAAUUGACUAGGUAAUAUUAGAUAAAUCAAAUAAAAUAUAUAUCACAACUUAAUUAUGAAAACAACCCACUAUGUGGGUUGCCAAUAGACACAAUAUAAAACACAGUUGGUGAUAAAAAAUACUAAUAUAACUAGUUUUGCAGUGAAAUGAAGUAUCCAUUUGGUAGAAUAUUUUGAGAAAAAAUAAAAACUAAUAAUACGUUUGUGGAUACAUUUUACUAUAAAAUGUUGAAAACAAAUAUUAUAUAAAAUAGUCUUUCAAAAAAUUUAUCAUAUUUACCCAAAGUUUUAAUGAAUAAUUAACUAAUUUAAUUUAGACUAGAAUCCAAAAUGUGUCUUUGCUGGUGGUAAAGAACUUGAGAACUAAUCAUCCAUAUACUAGGUUUCUUCAUGAGGACAAAUUUACUAAGAUCCAUAUUUUGUAAUAACUAGUGGUAUACCUAUGAUUCAUUAUUAUUAUUUAUUGUUGAUAGAUAGUACUGCUCAUCAAUUAAAAAUGGUUCAACAACAAAAGGUACAGCAGCAGCAACAACAACAGCCACAGCUACAACAACAGCAACAACAGCAGCAACCACAACAACAACAACAACAACAACAACAACAACAGCAACCACAACAACAGCAACCACAACAACAGAACUCUAUAGUUCUACCAGCAGAUUUUGUAAACAAAUUUGUACCAAUUCAAAUUACUUUACCUGCUCAAGCUGGUUCUCAAGAAACUGGCCCUAGAGUUCUAUCUAUCCAAGUUCCGAGUGCUGCCAUACAAGGUAUUAUAUUUAUUGAAUUUUGAAUGUGUAAGAAAGUAUAUUAAUUUUUGUAGAUACAUACUAACUUUUUAAUUAUACAAUUUUUUUUAUAGGAAAUAUGCUUCAGACUAUACUUAGCGGUCCAGUAAUAACUAAUAGUAUGGCAUUGCCUACUCACCUAGCUACAUCACUUUUACAACAGCAUGUCAACAGUGUUCUUGCUGCACAAUCAAUUUCUGGUAUGAUUUUCAAAUUAUAAAUUAUUUGUUAAAAUUAUUAUACCUAUUCUUCUUCACCCUUCAUUCCCACCUAUUUGGGGUCAGCCACCUUUGUCCUAAACUUUCAAGUCUUGAUCUUAUUUUCCACCUCGCAUACACUGUUCGUCAAUUAUUUUCAAUCUUAUCCAACCACUUCUUUUUUAAUAUUCCUCACCCUCUUUUUCAUCUAUGUUUAUUUUCAGUACAAUUUUUACUGCUUCAGAUUUUUCUCUCCUUAUGAUAUCCAUCUAGUUUAUUUUCUCCGAGCCACAUACAUCUAAGCUACCUCUUAUGUAUUUAUUCCUUUUCUUAUAUUUUCUUGUCACUCCGAUCAUCCUUAUAAUUAUUAUUUUAAUUAUCAUUUUUACUAGGUCCAAAUAUUCAACAACAGCAGCAGCAGCAACUUCAACAAAAUAAUCCAGCAUUUGCUAGUGGAAAUGGAACCAGCGGUGUUAAAAGAACUAUUACUCAAAUAGAUGGAGCUAAUGAUUCUUCAACAUCAGAUGACGACGAUGACGAUGAUGAUAAUAUUGAUGAUGACCUUGGUGAUAAUGAUGAUGAUGAUGAAGAUGAUGAUAAAGAACAAAAUAGUGCUUCUGACGCUGUAAGCAUUAAUUGUUUAAACACUUUAAAUUAACAUAUUUAAAAUGCUAUACACAUAAACAGUUAUCAAUAGAAUAACACAAAUAAAUUUUUAAUUGUUGAGAACUAUUUUAAAUUUACAUAGUAUGUACAUUAGGUCAUCAAAAUUGUAUGAUUAUUAUUACAAUUUUGUUUAAAUUUAUUAUAAAUGUUACCAUUGAUUAUAAAUCAAUAUUUAAAUAUUGAUAAUAAUGAUUUCACUUUGUAUGUAUGUUACAGUUAAGUGUUGAAUAACAUUAUUUUAUGAAAUAACUAGGUAGUUUAUAAAUCAUUUACAAAUUCCAGUUUAAAUACUGCUGUUUAAAAAUUAACAAUUAAGUUGGCAAGAAUGACAUACCUAUAAUAGUUUCAUAGAAUCUCUAGUCAUUGCAUACAAUUUCCGUUUAAGUGUAGAAUACUUUUAAACAUAAAAUGGAAACAUCUGAAUUAAUACUUGAUAUAUUUUUAGGCAGUACAACAUUAGGAAAAAUAUUGUUAGUUAAUUGUGCAUGAAAAGUUACUGUGAAUUUUAGAAGUAAUGUUUUUUUUUUCUACAGACACCUUUUUAUUAAAGAUUUGAUUUUACUUGUAAAAAAAAAAAAAAAAAGCAUUAAUAAUAUUAACAAUAGUAAAACUAAUAUGAGAAAAAAUUACUACUAAAAGACUAUUAAACUUAAAUGCAUAAAGUUUUUACAUACUUUAUACAUUUAGGUAUGUUAUUAAUAAGCUUUAAAUUUCAAUACAUAGUCAUUUUUUUUUUUUUUUUUGAUAGUCUGGGUGGAUUUAAUCCAAGACAAAUCCAAGUACAUAAUUUGUUUUAUGUAACAGACUUCAAAAGUAAACCUUUUGUUUUAAAUUUUUUGAUGUAUUGAUAUUUUUGGUCAUUUUUAUGGGUAUUAUUUUGCUAAAUGACAUUUUAUUAGAGCAUUUUAGGACAUUAUUUAGAGUGUUUUUCAAUAGUUUUUGAAGUACAUUUUAAUAUGGCUUCUGGUUGUGAGAUACAAUAAUCUUAUUAAACUAUUAAAAGUACAUAAGCAAUGUUAUAUAUUAAGUGUCACUGACAAACUAUGCCAACUUUAUCUAAUCUCUUAUUGUAUUAGAUGGCAAAAUUACAUUAUUGUACAAUAAUUCAAGUAUUUACUGCAUUAACAGUGUGUACAAUAUGAAUGUAAAAAAAUAUUUAAUUAAAGCAUACAUUCUUUAAAUUACUUAUAUGUUUUGGUUAUUCUAUAAAUUACCUAAUUAUUUUGUAAACUAACUCAUUCAAUACUUUAAUUUUAACUUAAACAUUUUUAAAUUAAAUCUAAUAUUAUGGACUACAUAUACUAAUAUUCACGGUUCAUGACUUGAAGCAUUUAAAAUUAAUAAAAAAAGUUCUUAAAUAUCCUUGUUAUAAGUUCUUAAAAAGCUUAAUAAGCUUUUUAAAUGGCUGAAUAAAUAAUGAAAUUUAAAUAAGCACUUAAAAAAAUAUUUACAUUUUUUUAACUACUGAAAGAAAAAUUGCAGAAAUUUGACAUUAGAACCCUUUAGUCAUUUUAAAACUACACUCUUGGGUUUACCUUGCCUCAUACCCUGCGGCAACUGACACUACAAAGAUAAGAUAGUAAAACACUAAGUAAUAAAAAAAAACCACUCAAAUUUUAUAUUUGAGCUUGUAAUAUAUCAAUUUUUUUAGCACUGCUAGAUUUAAUGUUGAGUCAUAAGUAAAUGCUGUAAGUUCUGAACUCUGUUAAUAUUUAAUACAAUAUUAUUAAUUUUAUCACCUUCUGUGGUAAAUGGGCUUUUCACAAUAUUAGGCACUAUACAGAGUGAUUUUUUUUUUUUAUCUUGAACCAACAAUUAUUUUGGAAGAUUUUAUGUAAAUUUGAUUUGUUUUUUUUUAAUUAUAGUUUAAGCUUAAUUUUAAAAAGGUUUUUAAUUUUUUACUCCUACUUCAUAUACCUUAUUUAAAUAUGUACUUUUCUUUUUGAAUGCAGAUUCAAAUAGAGAAUAUUUUUCUAGAAAUUUCGGAAUGUAUAACAGUAAUAUCAUAUUUUUGGUUUAUGAGUUAAAACCAUUUAAAGUUAAAUCAAUUUCACAACGAUUGAAAAUAACAGAAAUCAUAUUCACUUUAAAUCUUCCAAAAAAAUCAAUGGUUCAUGAUAAACAAAUCAUUCUGUGUAAUUUUAGUAUGUAUAUUGAUUAAAAUAAGUGGUUGAAAUAUUAAAAAUUAAUGUCCAUGCUUACUGUACUUUUUUUUUGUUAUUUUAUUUAUUUUUUAUCAAAGAAAUGUAAAACAAUAGGAAAUUAUAACUAUUGAGAAGUUAUCUUAUUGUUUACAAUGAUAGUUCACUAGUGUCUCAAGAUUAGUAGAGUAUUAAUGUAUUGUCAAAGUCUUGUUUGAUAAUUGGACUAUUUGUAAUAAAAUAUAAUGUGUGCAGGUUUGUUUUAUAUUAUUUGUCAAGUAUUAUUCUAGUAAUGGACAAUGCUUAAGUUCAGUAAUAAAGUGAUUAUAAUCAUUGAUUAAUAACAUAGAACAUUAAUUUACUCUUUAUUAACUGAAUAUUUUAUUUUUAGGAGCCAUUAAAUUCAGGAGAUGAUGUGAGUGAUGUUGAUAAUGGUGACCUAUUUGAAACUGAUAAUGUUAUUGUAUGUCAGUAUGAUAAGGUAAAUAAUAAAUUAAUUUAUUAAAGAUCUAUUCAAUUAAUAAUUUGUUUGUAUUUAUAUAUAUUUACAUAGAUAACCCGUAGUAGAAAUAAGUGGAAGCUUUAUUUUAAAGAUGGUAUUAUGAGUUUGAAUGGUUAUGAUUAUGUCUUCCAAAAAGCAACUGGUGAUGCCGAGUGGUGAGAAGGGUCUUAAAUACUGUAGUUACAAAUAACUUAUAUUAAUAAUUGUUCAUUGAAAUAGUUCAAUGAACAAUUAUUAAUAUAUUAUUAUUAAAUAUAGAUUUAAUUAAUUGUAUUAAAUGAAUUGUUCUCAAGCUUUUUAUAAACACACUAUUUAAUUUAUAAGUAAAACUACUCAAAUAAUUCUUUGUAAAUAUUAUUCACUUUUAAACGUGUGGAGUUAAUAAUAAAGUUAAUAAUAAUAAAUAUUACAUUGAAAUAAAGGCCUCUGUUGAUAUAAUUUGUUUUAUGCUAUACAAACAUAUUUAUGUUUUUAAUGUAUUGAUAUUUGCCUAUAUAUAACAAUAUUUUAUUAAUGCAGUUGGUGCAAAUAUUUUAAUUUGAAUUAUUUUUUUUGCUAGAGAAGAAUGUUUUUUUUUUUAAUUAUUCAAAUUACAUUAUAACAAUCAAUAAUUAUAUAACUUAUAAAUGUGUGUUUGACUAAUAUGAAUACCCAUAGCAAUAAAAGACUGUUUUUUGAAUAAAAUAUAUAAUAUACCUUUUGUUCCAUGCUUAUUGUAGGAUUAACAAUAACUGUUUAAAUUAUGACAUUUUGUUUAAUUAUUUAGUAUCUGAAACCAUGUAAUGCAAAAAUUAAUUUAAAAUUAGAUUUAUCAUUUAUUUUUUUGUAAGAGAAAAUUAAACAAUACAAAUAUAAUAGAAAUUUGUUGUUUAAUUUAAUUGUAAGUGUAUAUUAGAUAAUAAGUUAAAAUAUUAUUUUUCUCUAUUUUUCUUUCCUACUACUGAAAGUUAUUAUUGUGAUUAUUAAUAUAUUAUCAUCUAUUAUUAAUACAAUUAAAAACCCCUUAGUAUUUUUAUUAUGGACAUAAAUAAGGAUAAGAGUUAGUUUUUUUUAUUAUUUUCAAAAAGAUUGACUUUUUUUUCAAUAGUAUACUUGUUUUAAUUUAAAUUUUGUAUAGUCACUUCAAUAUUAUGAUGGUUGCUUUAUAAUAUUUUAACAAAUAAAGUAAAAUAAUUUUUUAAAUUUAAUUAGGUACAAAAAAAUUACCAUUGUAUCUUAAAAAAUCAAAUUGGCAGUAAAGGAUUUAAAAUGUAUAAAUAUCAGAUAAUAGGUAUGCAGUGGACGCCGUUUAUAAGAUUUACUUUUUGGGACCAGCACAAAGUUAGUAUUAUAACCAAAUGAACAUUUUAGGCGAAGUAAAGAGUGGAUAGAAUAUAUUUGACAUGUCUGAACUGUUCCAAGGGAUUUUGAGUCUAAUAAACGACUGAAUCUUAUGAGUUUUGUAAGCGGUGUCUACUAUAUUUUUAAUUAAAUGAAUAUGUUUUUUUAUGUUAUAUUUCACAUGCCGUUUGGUAUUUCAGUCCAACAUUGAAAAUUAAUUAAUUAUAGUUUUGAAAUUAUUUUCUAUUUACCUAUUAUCAUAAUUUAAAAUAUUAUGUUUAUAUUUUGAGUGAUUUAUAAGUUAUUAAUAAUUACUGUAAUUAUUUGUCCCCUUUUUUUUUAUGUUAAUUCAUGAUCAAUAAAGCAUAUUCUUAUUUAUCUUGAUGAGUAUGUCAUAAUACGAACUGUUACGGAUAAGGCAUCAGACGGAAAGGGGUAAUCCGAAAGCCUAAUUUCUAUAUUCAUAUUGAAAUUUUCAAUAUUUGAAUAGUACUAUCUUUAAUUCUAAAAUUACUUCGUCUAAGGUUAGGUUUGGCGAACAGCAAACUUUGAAAAUUUGUUUGAAAAAUGGUUCAGGUAAUUAAAUAUUUGAUCAAAUUAUCCAUAGUUAAAACUGUAGUGAUUGGUCAAAUAUAAGUUAUAACUCUCAUAAAUUUAAGUUGUACAAUUCUUAUAGGUAGUAGGUACUAAUCCAUGGAC